AUGGCGCAAAAAUAUCUUGGAAAGAUCCUCGGCGACGAGAAAAAUAAGGCUGAACCAAGCAUCGCCUCUGAUGACGACGACUUUGCUGAUUUUGCGACUCCAUCUCCUGCUACCCCACCCCCGUCACCAGUGUCUGUUGCUGCCUCAUCUUUGACCUCUAUCGGUGCCUCCUCAACUCCUGCUGGUGCUCCGAUUGGAUUUGAUGGGCCUUGGUAUGCUCUCUGGGAGCGUCACUCGCUCAGCGAAUUCCAAUUCGAAGGUUACAUUCUCCUCCUUCUCUUCGGCAUACUCGGCUGUCAUGUCUGGGGAACCCGCCGAAAUCGCGCUAUUGCCAAAAAGUUCUUCGACAGCAUUAGUCCUGUCCUAGGACAGGAGUUUGCAUAUGUUGGUUUUGAUUCUUAUGGUCGAGCAAAUACCGAACAAGCCGUUACCGCUGAUUACGCCCUGAAGGAAAACCAUCCUCUCGAGUUUAUCACCUAUGCUUCUGGGAGACAAAAUGUUGCAUUUAUGCACACCACUAUCAAGCUUCAACGCAGAUUAAAUCCAGUCACUUGGUUUGGAGAGCACCUUUUCGCGUUCUUCUUUGAAAGUGUGCCAACCCCUACCGAUAAUGCUACUAUCACUAUUUCCCCUUUUGAUGGUCAAGAUGCUGGAAAGGGUGGCCCAAGCUCUAAGUAUGAUAACUUUAUUUGGGCCUUGGUUAAUAAGAAUCAAAUGAAGAGGUGGAGAGAGGAUCGUUAUGAUCUUUCACUUACUAGAACCUCCGAUUGGGAUGGGCUCCCGAACUGGUUAGCUGUUAUGAGUGAAAGCAAGGAGAUCGGGGACACUGUCUUGACUAAGGAAUUGAAGGAGGCUGUUAUUGGUUGCCAGGAUAUUCUUGAAUACUUGAUCGUUAGCGACCAGCCUAUCGAUAAACCUACUACUCUUGCAGAAACAGUUCCGAAAAAACGCGUUAUUCUCCAGGUCAACAUUCCACCAGACACGGCCCCCACCGCCUUGCCCAAACUCCUUCAGGCAUUUAUUCGCUUGGUUGAUCAUCUCGCAGCGGUUGCUCGCUUCCGCCCAGAGGUUCUCCGAAAGGUCAAGGCCGUUCGCGAAGAAGAGUCUAAGAAACUCCAGAAGCAGGCCGAUGAGGAAAAGGCCGAGGAGCGACAGCAUAAGAAAGACGAGGAUAAGAAGCUCGAAAGAGAGAAGAAGCUUCGUGGAAUGAGUGCCGAGGAACAGAAGAAGUUCCUUGAGAGAGAGCGGGAGAAGGAAACCCGCAAGGCCAUGAAAAGACAGACUAAAAAGUAGUCUUGGGCCCCGGUUUUUCGACUUUUUUGCUUGCUCGUUUUUGUCUAUCCGGUGAAAUGUUAAAAAAAAACUAAGAAAGUGUUGGGGUUUAGGGGAAAUGGAUGAUGGAGUGGACACAUGUUACCGGGCAACGAGUGCCCAAACAUUGGGCUCCGAAUUUUGUAUGGACGCACUGAUGCGCACAGACAAUUGGCCACACUUUUGUUUGAUCACUAUAUUCCAGCACUUAUUGUCCGCAUCAGGUAGGCCGGGUUUGGUUGGGAAAGGGGAUCUUGGGAACCCCCAAACGUGAAGAUGUUCUGAAGGUUGAAUAUAAUGUUGAAUAUCUGUUUA